ACGAGUAAUAUAGCACAUAAAGUUGGAAAGUCAAAUAAGAAGGGAUGAUCCAAGUCUUCAUUCAAAGCUGCCUUGUUGAAAUGAAGAAAGAGCAAUAGAGACUUAUAAUGCCCUGAAAAUUCUUCUCUUAAUCCCUCUUUAUUUUAUCAGCCUUUGUUGAAUGUGAACUUUCUAUCUUCAUCUUCUUCAUCAUAACUUUAUUUCUUCAUUUUUUUGUCAUACUUUUUCUUCUGGGUUUUCUUUCACUAGCUCAAAGAUUACAUCUUUAUUGUCAAAUUAGUUUUUUCUUUUACUAAUCUCUAAUACCAUAGUAGGACUAUAAUACAACUGAUAGAAAUUCCUUGGGUUUUGAAAUUUGAUUUUCCAUCUUAAAAUAGUUUUUAUUGCCUGGUGCAAUAAGUUGUGAAUAUAUGUUAUAUUUAUAUCCAGUAGUACCACUUUUUUUGUCAAAUUUUUACUGGGCUUAAGCUUUCUAGGGUUAAAAAUUUAUUGGGUUUUUGAUACAAUUUGGUAAUUGCAUUAAAUAAACAUAUAUACUCCAUUAUUUACACUUGGGUAUUAUUGAAGAAGGGAGGAAAAAGAAGAAAAACAAGUAAAAAUCUCAUCUUUUUCAUAAUAUUGGCUAAUUACUUGCAAAAGUUUCCAUCUUUUAUUCCUAUUUUCUUGGAUUUGAGCUAAACUAGAGUUUAAAAGGAGUAAAAUGGCACAAGGUAGAAGAAGAAGGCUAAGGUUUAGCAAGAUCUACUCAUUUCAUUGUGGUAAAACACCUCUUCAAGAUGAAGAUCAUUCACAAAUUGGGGGACCUGGUUUUUCAAGAGUGGUAUAUUGUAAUGAAUCAAAUAGUUUUGAUUCAUCAAUCAGAAAUUACCCAGAUAAUUAUGUAAGAACUACAAAGUAUACCCUUGCAACUUUUAUACCCAAAUCUUUGUUUGAACAAUUUAGAAGAGUUGCCAAUUUUUUCUUCCUUGUAACUGGAAUCUUGUCUUUUACUUCACUUGCUCCUUAUAGUGCUGUUAGUGCCAUUGUCCCUCUCAUUUUUGUGAUUGGUGUUAGUAUGUUGAAGGAAGCCAUUGAAGAUUGGAGACGCAAGAAACAGGAUAUAGAGGUGAAUAACAGAAAAGUUAAAAUGCAUAAUGGAAAUGGAGAAUUUAAGCAAUCAGAAUGGAGGCAUUUGAAGGUAGGGGACAUAGUGAAAGUUGAGAAGGAUGAGUUUUUCCCAGCUGAUAUACUCCUGCUUUCAUCUAGCUAUGAGGAUGCUGUGUGCUAUGUAGAAACUAUGAAUCUUGAUGGGGAGACUAACUUGAAAAUGAAACAAGCACUUGAGGUUACGGCAUCUUUGCUCGAGGAUUCGAGCUUUAAGGAUUUUAGAGCCACCAUUAGAUGUGAAGAUCCCAAUGCAAAUCUGUAUAGUUUUGUAGGAAGUAUGGAUUAUGAGGAACAACAACACCCGCUUAGCCCCCAACAACUUCUCCUCAGGGAUUCGAAGCUUCGGAAUACAGAUUACAUAUAUGGUGUUGUUGUCUUCACGGGUCAUGACACCAAGGUUAUGCAGAAUGCCACCGAGCCACCUUCAAAGCGAAGCAGAGUCGAGAAGAAAAUGGAUCAGAUAAUUUACUUCUUGUUUUUCAUGAUGUUCUUGAUGUCUUUUGUUGGGUCUGUAGUGUUUGGUGUAACCACCAAAGAUGACCUAAAAAAUGGCAUAAUGAAGAGGUGGUACCUUAAACCAGAUAACUCAGAAGUUUUCUUUGAUCCCAAGAGGGCCCCACUUGCAGCAUUUUACCACUUCCUCACUGGCCUUAUGUUGUACAGUUACCUGAUUCCGAUCUCCUUGUAUGUGUCUAUAGAGAUCGUGAAAGUUCUUCAGAGCCUUUUCAUCAACCAAGAUAUUCAAAUGUAUUAUGAGGAAGCCGACAAGCCAGCACAUGCCCGUACCUCAAACCUGAAUGAAGAGCUUGGUCAAGUUGAUACUAUACUUUCUGAUAAGACGGGUACUUUGACCUGUAAUUCUAUGGAGUUUAUUAAGUGUUCUAUAGCCGGGACAGCUUAUGGACGAGGAAUUACUGAGGUCGAGAGGGCUAUGGCUAAAAGAAAAGGUUCGCCUUUACCGAGUGGGUUGGCCAAUGUUUCACCACUAUCCAAUAACGAAAAUGAUGAAAGUGAGGAGGAUUUUGCUGAGGCAAGUUCGGGUAUUAAAGGGUUUAAUUUCAAAGAUGAAAGGGUUAUGAACGGCAAAUGGGUGAAUGAGCCGAAUUCACAUGUUAUUCAGAUGUUCUUUCAGCUGCUAGCUUUGUGCCACACUGUGAUUCCGGAAGUAGAUGAAGAGACCGGAAAUAUUUCCUAUGAAGCCGAAUCACCAGAUGAGGCAGCUUUUGUUAUUGCAGCCAAAGAACUCGGCUUUGAAUUCUACAAAAGAACUCAAACAACCGUAUCAUUGCAUGAGUUGGAUCCUCUUUCGGGCCAGAAAAUCGACAGGGAAUACAAAAUCUUGAGCAUUUUGGAGUUCAACAGCACCCGAAAAAGGAUGUCAGUGAUCGUCGAAAAUGUGGAUGGGAAAAUGUUUCUACUCUGCAAGGGUGCUGACAGUGUUAUAUUUCCACUGCUAGCCAAGCAUGGUGGUGAAUUUGAGGCGCAGACCAGAGAUCAUGUACAUGAAUAUGCCGAUGCAGGGCUGAGGACCUUACUGCUUGGCUAUCGAGAAAUAAACGAAGAAGAAUUCAGAGAGUUCAAUGAAAAAUUUAAUGCUGCGAGGAAUGCUGUUAGUGCCGAUAGGGAAACACUAAUCGACCAAGCCGCAGAGACCAUUGAAAGAGAUUUGAUUCUUCUAGGUGCUACUGCGGUCGAGGACAAACUUCAACGUGGGGUUCCAGAAUGUAUCGACAAACUUGCACAAGCUGGAAUAAAGAUAUGGGUCUUGACCGGGGAUAAAAUGGAGACGGCUAUUAACAUAGGUUUUGCUUGUAGCUUGUUGAGACAAGGGAUGAAGCAGAUAAUAAUCAAUCUAGAAGACCCAGAAAUCAAAACAUUGGAAAAAUUGGGUGACAAGGAUGCUAUUACUAAGGCGUCUAAAGAAUCCGUGCGUAAACAAAUUACUGCUGGCAAGGCCCAACUUGGUGCGUCCGGUGCAACUUCGGAGGCUUAUGCCUUGAUCAUUGACGGAAAAUCUCUUGCAUAUGCGCUGGAGGAUGAUAUAAAGAACAAAUUCAUCGAGCUUGCAAUUGGCUGUGCUUCUGUAAUUUGUUGUCGGUCAUCACCAAAGCAGAAGGCACUGGUUACAAGAUUGGUGAAAAAUAGUACUAAGAGGACAACUUUAGCAAUCGGUGAUGGAGCGAACGAUGUGGGAAUGCUUCAAGAAGCUGAUAUCGGGAUUGGGAUAAGCGGUGCUGAGGGAAUGCAGGCUGUUAUGUCUAGUGAUAUUGCUAUUGCUCAAUUUCGGUUUCUGGAACGUUUGCUACUCGUACACGGACAUUGGUGUUACCGAAGGAUAACCUCUAUGAUUUGUUAUUUUUUCUACAAGAAUGUGGUAUUUGGAGUCACACUUUUCUUGUUUGAAGCCUAUGCAUCAUUUUCUGCUCAACCGGCAUAUAAUGAUUGGCUUUUAUCACUAUACAAUGUGUUCUUCACAUCACUUCCUGCAAUUGCUUUGGGAGUCUUUGAUCAGGAUGUUUCUGCACGUUUCUGUCUCAAGUUCUCGCUACUCUAUCAAGAAGGUGUUCAAAACGUCCUCUUCAGUUGGUUGCGAAUACUCAGCUGGAUGGUCAACGGAAUGAUUAGCGGUAUAAUCGUCUUCUUCUUCUGCAAAAAAGCUUUGUCGUAUGAAGCUUUCAGCGACAACGGCCGACCUGUGGACUACGAAAUAUUCGGAGCAACAAUGUACACAUGUCUCGUCUGGUUAGUCAACUGUCAAAUGGCGCUAUUCAUCUGCUACUUCACGCUAAUACAACAUAUCGUGAUUUGGGGUUCUAUUGCGUUUUGGUACGUCUUCCUUUUGAUUUACGGUGCAAUGAAUCCCGAAUUUUCAACUACAGCAUAUCAGGUUUUCGUUCAGUCACUUGCCCCGACAUCAAAAUAUUGGAUCUUGACGAUUUUUGUCUUGAUCUCCGCCCUUGUCCCCUACUUUACUUACUCCGCUCUUCAAAUGAGGUUUCUACCUAUGUACCAUCAGAUGAUCCAAUGGAUAAGGCACGAGGGGCAGACUGAGGACCCCGAGUACUGCCAUAUGGUCAGACAGAGAUCAAUACGGCCCCAAACUGUGGGCUACACAGCCCGCGCAGCUGCUAGUAGAAGGGAUAGACGCCAAAGUAAAAGCUAAUGACGUAUAUAGGUCCGUCAGAAAGGUAUCCAGUAAAAAAUAUCGAGAGCAUUUGGAUCGUUUUUUUCGACCUGAAUUUUGUUAUCAGUAUUAGGAAUAUAUUGUACAGAAGAGUAUACUCAAGCUGUAUCAUAUGUAUCGGAUAGCGCACAAGAGUCUAGCAUAUGUACAUUCUCAGCUCUUUCUUUUCGUCCACAAGCUGUUAAUAUUUUUGGUUACGACUCAUAAUCUCUAGAACGGUUGUACAGAAACACGAUUUUAUGAUGUAGAUGAAAAUUAUUUUGUUCUAUGAUGGUAUCAAUAACAAGACCAAUAAUUUAGUAUAGCGGAAUAUAUUAAAUAUGAUCAUAAUGAUGUGUUAGAUUUUAGAAAGGGGUCUAGACAACUCAAACGAGAAGAAGAGUUAAAUUACAUACAAAUCCAAAGGUUUAAACUAAAACGAUCAAUUGGUAGUAGGAGUUACUCUAUUUGUUUAUAAAGUGAUGUAUACUCUUUUUUUUCUCUGAUAUGGGAUAGCUCACAUGUGGAUAAUAAAUGGACACUUUAAAAUGACGAUAUCCAGCCUCAAGUUGAUAAUGUUGAUACUAAUAAAGGGGAGGAGUGAGCCAUCAAGACAGCUGAUAAAAACUCCAAAUCAAGACUUUCUACUCCCUACA